AACAAAGCUCUCCAGAACUGUGUCUCAGCGCAGCUAAAAGGAUCCCUGGCAAAGAUCCCUACCGAACACUUAAAAGGAAGAAGUGGGAUACUAGAGGUCUUGAUCUUUUAUCAAGGGUUGUUUUUGGCUUGGCUGUUCUCCUAAGAAGAAAGGCAAAGAAAGAAUACCCUGCAGAUUAACAUGUCUAAACAGCCGGCAUCCAAUAUCAGAUCUAUCCAGGCUAAUAUCAAUAUUCCUAUGGGAGCGUUUCGACCUGGUGCCGGCCAGCCACCCAGAAGAAAAGAAAUUUCAACUGAAGAAGAACCGCAUGUCCCAAUGCAUGAAUCUGAAGAAAAGAAUGAAGAAAAGAAACCUAUUCCAGGAGCAGUCAAACUUCCAGGGCCUGUAUUCAACCUCUCAGAAAUCCAGAAUGUAAAAAGUGAACUCAAAUUUGUACCAAAAGCAGAAGGAGAAUAGUUUUAUAUGAAAGAUCUAGCAAGAAUAACCAGAGAGAAGCCUCUUUAUGAAGAAUAGAAACCAGCAAAAUAUUUUAUACAUUUGUAUAAAUACUGUAUACUAAAUAAAUUAUUGAAUACUGUA